AUGAGGGAGCCUGAGAUCCUCCAAGCCAGGAUGAAGACAUGGUCCGGACCCUUUGACCAUCUCCCCCUCCUCCACACGAAACGCAAAAGCCAGGAGGAGGACUUCACCAGCGCCUGCAACUUCAAUGCCAAAGGUCUCCAAGGUCUCCAGAACUGUGGUCUCCCAGAGUCCGUCAGGGCAGAAGGCAAAAACCCGUCCCGAAAGCCUGAGGGUUGUGGACGAGGAAGGAAUGGGAUGCCCAGAUCUCCCGGGGCUGCGAUCCCGGGUCACUAUGGAUCGCACCGGCCCCUAAAAAGCCGGGCCCAAGCCGGUACUGCCACCUCCCCCGGACUCGACCGAGCACAUUCUCUCGCCCGGAGACCCAUUGUUCUGGCCUGUGCUCACCUGGCGUCGGCCCCCGCCGCGGGGCACCUUGUCCAGAUGCGGCCCGCCGGCUGUAGCAGAGUAGGGAACGCGGCGCGCAUCAGCCGCUCCUGGGCGCGCGGGUCAGGUUCUCAGCAGCGCUUUGCCGGCUUUGCGCCUCGCUUGGCCCGGGCCAUUCGGCCGGCCCCGCCCGCCCGCGGCGCUCCUCCCCCCGCCCGCCUCCCGCCAUCCAAACCGGCUGCGCCGGCCGGCAACACCUCCUCCGGCGCCUUGCCCACGGGCGAGCGAGCCGCAGAACCGCCCGGUGCAGCGCAGCCUCUGAGCGCCGGGCGCCGCCGGACUCAGCCCGCCCCCUACGCACGCGACGGCCUCGGGAGGGGCGCCGCGCCGCACGCUGGGGAUUGUAGUCCGCGCGCCGUGCGCCCCCGCCAGGCCGGGAGGAGGCAGGCGGGCUCUUCCUGGACCCCCACUCCCCCCAACCCUUGGGCGCCCGGACGUGGGGGAGGGCACCCCCACCCCGACUGCACCACUGGCGAGGAUUCCGGGAAUCCGCGCCCAGACACUGGCAAAGAGUUCGGCAAAGGCCCCGCGCCGCACCUAGAAGGGCGCUAA